GCUUGUUUAGUCUAGUCUGACAGGCGGGUUUGUUAUGCAGCACUUUUGCUAAAAUCGGAGGACAGUACCUGUUCGGGCUCUUCCACUAAGUCUUUUUUGUAAUUGUGUUUAUUUGUUGACAUUGCGUUAACUUCUGUUGCAGGCGCACAUUGACUGCGCGUCUUUAACCCUGUCAGAUCACCUUUUGGGGCUAAAUUAGCAUCGACGAUGUCUUGAAAUGUGCGAGUUAGCAGCGAGUACGUCACGUGAAGUUGUCGGAAAAAUGCUUGAAACCUUAUUUUUCAUUUUUGUUUAAUUUUCGACCAUGACAGGUAAAGGAGAUAACCACAAAGCCAGGCGGGGUUUGUCGUUAUCCAAGAACAAGAAGAGAAGCAGCGCUCACGCUGUCAACACGACACCGAUCACAUCGUUCUUUAGCAACCCGCAGCCUUGCAAACUGUCCUGCCCACUUUGUGGUCAGACGGUUCCCAGAUUUGAGAUCAAUGAACACAUCGAUUUGCAGUGCAAGAACUUUGAGAGAACAGACAGCAACGCCUCAUCAGCAAGUAAUGUCGUGUCACCGAGCAGGACUUGCUCCAGGUCCCCACAGCUCGAUCCGGAGCUGAAAGAAGAAACUAAGACAAGUCCUUAUUUCAAGACGAGAACAUCUCCGAAUGUCUCUCAGGAGAUAAGCAGCAAGACUGUAGUCAGAAAGCUUGAACUUGGAAGUCUCUCUGCCAAGUUAUCUAGAACAUGCGAAAAGACAAAUGAGAGAACACACUCAGAUGUUAAACACGCAUUUUCUGAUCCGAAUAAAGACACCUUGGAUGAUGUUAGCAUCUCACAGACAGAAAUUCUUGCCAGCCAGGCUUCAGGAACCAACGGAGAUUCAAAAAGAACCAUUGAGUUAACGACCAAUGCUGGGAUGUGUACAACAACAGCAGGAAGUUCGGGAAAAGACUUGGAGACUGGGCUAAAAGUGUCCCUCUCCUCUUCCUCCAACCCCAUUAAAAGAAAGAAGGAGACACCUGUCAAAGGUAAGGUGUCUAAUUUAAGAAAGAAGCCAAAACACGAAGUAACCAGCUCGACGGAAGUAUCGUUUGGUCAAGAAACAGGAGAUGGUGUUGAACUUGAACCCAAAAUGCCCUCUCCUGCGGAUGAUGACCCCCUUUCAAUCUUAGACAAUACCAGCAGCAAUUUACAUACAGUGUGUGUGCCUGAGAAAAGCACCAGUGACCAAACAGGCAACACCUCACCCCCUCAAAGACUGCCCUACUACCUACGCAAUUUCCAGACUGUCCUGCAGGCCGUGCUAGAGAACGAGGACGACAGAGCCCUGUUCAACCAGGAUGACAUGACGCUCGUGCAAGCCUUUGAGAAGCUCUCAGUCAUGGCACAGAAGUUAUAUGUGAGACUGUUUCAGCGGAAACUAAAGUGGAUUCAAGUGGAGAAACUGGACUAUGAAGAAAUAAGUAGUGAUUUGGGUCCUGUUGCUCAGGAGUUGGUGCAAAGGGGUCUUCUGCAGACAGAGAAUGACCUCUGCAACAUAGAAGAAGCCUUUGAUCUCUUGCCAGCCCCUGACCUCAAAGCGCUGGCGAAGACUUUUCAUCUGGGCAAUUCUGGAACUCAAAAACAACAGCUAGUAGACGGGCUCCUGCGGCUGAGCAAGCAGAAGUCUCUCUUCUCCCCGAGCCAUGCUCAAAACAUCGGAGCUGUCAUCUUGAAAAGGGCAAAACAGCUCGCAGGUUCCUGUGUGCGUCUGCACAGCGCUCCUCGGGCUGUUUUUUCUCGCAUCCUUCUGCUCUUCUCCCUGACAGACACGAUGGAUGAGGAGGAGAUGGCAGCAGCUGGGCAAAGCCAGCUUUAUACCAUCCUGCUAGUCAAUUCAGGGCGACUGGCCUUCCCAGAUUACACAGUGCAGCGCAUGGCGAAGGUGUACCGGGAGAGAGACGACCUCAUCAAGUAUGAAGCAUCUAUCCGAGCCUUGCAGGAGGUGACCUUGGCUAUGCAAGCUGGUCAUUGGGAAGAGGCUCUGGACCUGUAUAGAUCAGCCAAGAAUGAAUGGCAGGACCUGAAGAUGAGUUGUGACCUCAGUCACCAAAAGGAGCUCCCAGUGUUCCUACGCAGCUUCACAACGGGAUGGGCCUACACGCGGAUAUUAUCAAGAGGCGUGGAGAUCUUACAGAGGCUACGUCGUUAUGAGGAGGCUGUCGACGAGUUGCGGUGCUUACUUCUGCAGGAUGUUUACUGUCCUGACAAUCGAGGGCGCUGGUGGGACAGACUGGCCCUGAACCUUCAACAGCACCUCAAAAAAACAGAAGAAGCUAUCUGUGCUAUCAGAGAUGGUUUGUCUGACCCUUUCGUGCGAACGGGACAUAAGCUGUCCCUCUACCAGAGAGCUUCUCGGAUGAGAGAGUCUGCCAGCUUCAAGAAGUACCGUCUGCAGCUCAGAGAUCUGCCCACUGUCGAUGUCCAGGAUGUCAGACAUGUGACCAUCCGAGGACAACUGUUCCCCCAUGAAGGGGGCACGGGGAAAUCGCGGUUUCUAGUACCAUCAAAUACGGACGAUUGUACUGAUGGCACUGUAAUAUGCUCUGUGGAAGACCUGUCUUUAGCACAUUACCGCCAGCAAGGCUUUGACCAAGGAAUCCAUGGAGAGGGCUCAACAUUUUCAACACUUUUUGCCCUUCUGAUGUGGGACAUCAUUUUUAUGGACGGCAUACCAGAUGUUUUCCGAAAUCUUUACCAGGCAUGCCCAUUGGACUUUCACACUGAUUGUUUCUAUGAGAACCGAAAAGAAGCAGUGGAUUACCGUGUACAAUUAAUUAGUGAGGCUUCUGUAGAAACCUUGCGCGUUAUGUUGGAGGAUGUAUGGACUUCCCAAAAGGGUAAAGUGUGUUCAUGUGCCAACUGGGAGCUAUUUUCCUCGCUGAGUCAAGCCCAGUCUCUCGUGUCAUGCUUGGGUGGAGCCUUCUUAGCAGGAGUUACAGCACGGAUGGCAAAAGACUUCAGGCACUGUCGUGGAGGUUUGCCUGACCUUGUCGUAUGGAAUACAUGUGAUAACACUUACAAGCUGGUGGAGGUGAAGGGUCCGAAUGAUCGUCUGUCCCAGAAGCAACAGAUCUGGCUGGAUGAGCUGCAAAAACUGGGUGCUGAUGUGGAGGUGUGUCAUGUGGUGGCCACCGGAGCAAGAGGAUCCUGUGUGGAAUAAAAAAGAGAAAACUGCAGACCAAAGUGAUUCAAGAAACAAUCACAAACUGAAAUAAAAUGCCUCAAUGCC